AUGAAUAGUUCUAUAAAAGAUUUUUUUACUACUAGUAGACCUAGUACUAAUAUUAAUAAUCUCGGUGUAAAAUCAGUUGUUUCUAUUUCUUCACAAGUUCCUGAUCAAAGUGUUCCUUCUGUCGAGUGUUCUACAAGUACCAAUAAUUCUAAAGAAUCUGAAGACAACAAUCAUAGCAUUUUUGAUAUAACGGCAUAUAUUAGUAAACAUAUGUCAAAUAAUGAAAAACUUGAAGCGCUUAAAACAAUUUGGACCCCAGGUAAUAAUCAUAAUUUUCCGAUUACGCUGCAUGGCAAUAAAAAUUUAAAAUUUCAACUUUCUUGGCUUAAUAAAUGGAAUUGGAUAGCUUACAGUAGUUUAGUUGAUGGCGUUUAUUGUAAGUAUUGUGUAUUAUUUGGCAUUAAAAAAGGAGGAAAAGGAGGUCAAUUGCUUGGACAGCUUUGUAAUCAGCCAUUCAAAAAUUGGAAGCACGCUACAGAAAAAUUUAAAUUGCAUGAAAGUACAAAUUAUCAUACCAACUGUAUUUUAGAUUUUCAAUCUUUGUCUGCUGUUAUUUCAGGGAAAACAUCUUCUGUGCACGAUAAACUAAAUAUCGCUUCUAAGAAACAAAAAGAAGAUAAUAGAAAAAUAAUUUUGCCAGUUAUUAAGUCUGUGAUACUCUGUGGUCGUCAGGGAAUACCAAUUAGAGGUCAUCGAGAUUACGGCCCUUUGGAAUUAAAUGAACCAACACAAAAUGAUGGUAAUUUUCGCGCAAUAUUGAGAUUUUAUAUAAACGCAACUGGAAUAUCGGGAGAUAAUAGCCAUAUAUUAGCUCGAGAAAACUGUAAAAAAAAUGCCCAGUAUAUCAGCUGGAAAAUCCAAAACCAGAUUGUUGAUGCUUGUUAUUCAGUAGUGUCAAAAAAAAUUGUCAACAAAAUUAAUGUAUGUAAAUAUUUUUCUAUUAUUGCUGAUGAGACGGCUGAUAUUUCCGGUAUUGAGCAGUUUUCACUUUGUGCCAGAUAUUUUGAUUCCACUGAUAAAAUAAUUCAUGAGGAUUUUUUAAAGUUUGUACCGGUUCAUGAUGUGAGUGGAAGAGCUCUAGCAGACACAAUAAUCAAUGAACUAAAAAGUCUGAACAUAGAUAUCAAACAUUUAAGAGGUCAAGGGUAUGAUGGCGCUGCCACUAUGAGUGGCAAAUUUAAUGGAGUUGCUACAUUAAUUAAAAACAAAUAUCCCACUGCGCUGUAUAUUCAUUGUAGUUCUCAUAACCUUAAUCUCUCAAUAUCAUAUUCUUGUAAUUUACCACAAAUCAGAAAUACUAUGGGUACCAUUGAAAGUAUUUACUUAUUUUUUAAUACACCUAAAAGACAAAAGUUUUUCACUGAACAAUUAGAAAUGUUUAAAAAAGAAGAAAGUAUGAAAGAAGAUGGUUGUCAUUCAAAUAAAGAAAAACUAAAACGUCUUUGUCCAACCCGCUGGGUAGAUCGUCAUAGUUCUGUUGAAACAAUUUAUGAUUUUCUACCUGUCAUUGUGAAUAGUUUGGAAGAAAUGAUUACAUGGCCGGAUAAGGAUGUAGCAACAAAAGCUAACCAAAUACUUUUAACAUUAGGAACUUCAGAAUUCAACAUUAGUCUAUCAGUAAUUAUUAAACUAUUUCAGUAUACUAAACCUCUUAGUGUUUACUUACAAAAGAAAAACAUUGACUUGGUUGAAGCUAUUAAUCACAUCAACACUAUUUUAAAUGAAUUAAUGAAUAUUCGUGAAAAUGCUGAAAUAGUCUUUAGUGAUUUGUUUAAAAAUCUUAUUAAAAGAUCAAAUGAAAUGGAUAUUGAAAUAAAAAUACCAAGACUUGCUAAAAGACAAAAACAUAGAAAUAAUUUUUCUACAGAAAACCCUGAAGAUUAUUUUAGAGUAUCUAUUUUUAUUCCAUUUAUUGAUUCUAUAAUACAACAAUUAAAUGAUCGUUUCAAUAAUCAUAAAGAAAUAAUAUCUGGUUUUCAAGUAUUGAUAAAUCCAUGCGCUAAAAGUGAUCUUCAUCAUCUUGUAAAAUAUUAUCAAGAAGAUGUUGAAAGUUAUGAAAAAGUUGUAUCUGAGGUUGAUUUAUGGCACAGAUAUUUAAAUACAAAUAAUAUUAAACCUCAGAAUGCAUUAGAUGCGUUACUUAUAUGUAAUCAGGACUUCUAUCCAAAUAUUUAUAAUUUAUUGCAUAUCCUUGCUGUACUCCCAGUUACAUCUUGUGAGUCAGAAAGGUCAUUUUCUUCACUGAAGCGAAUCAAAACAUAUUUGAGGAACUCGACUUCUGAAACCAGGUUAAAUGGAUUAGCGGUUCUUAACAUACACCGAGAAGUUCCAGUUACAGAAGAUGAAGUAAUUGAAGUAUUAGCUUCAAUAAAUCGCCGUUUAGAUUUUUCAUUGUAA